AUGCCGGGGGACUGGGGGAUCCUGUUCUCGCGCACGUGCAGCAGCAGCCUCCUCCUGGUCUGGAUCCUCGUCGGCGUGAACAUGCUGGAGGUGUCGGGGUCCCAGCAAGGGAUCCCUCUGUCAGUUGUGAAGCUCUGGGCCUCAGCUUUUGGUGGAGAAAUCAAAUCAAUCUCUGCAAAAUAUUCUGGAUCUCAGCUGCUACAAAAGGAGCUGUGGGCCAUCUCAGCGCCGCGUCCAGGGACAAACUCCAGCUCUGAGUCCAGCACUCCCAUCAAAGUCAGCAGCAGGAUUAGUCCUAAAACCACUGCUGCCUGUCUGUGGGAGGAAAGUCAAGGACCCAGAGGUCCACGCAAAUAUGGGGAGAGUGUUCAGACUGCGAUUAAAAGGCGCCUCCAGGCUCCAAACCUCGGAUCUUCCUGCAUGGAGAAAUAUAAAGAAUUUGAAAAAUCAGUCAGAGUGGAAGAAAUCGAUGGUGUGAAGCUGGUCAAAAACCUGGCUGUGAAGAUGGAGGAAGUGUUCAGGAAAAAGGCAGAAGCUACAAGGCGGCUCGUGGAGGCAGCAGAAGAAGCCCACCACGAGCACGAGGAAAACCCCGACCUGCAGUACGAGUACUUUAACGCCGUGCUGAUCAAUGAAGUGGACGAGGAGGGAAAUCACGUGGAGCUGGGAGGAGAGUUCCUCCUGGAGCCCAAUGAUCAUUUUAAUAACCUGUCAGUCAACCUGAGCCUCAGUGUGGUGCAGGUGCCCACCAACAUGUACAACAAAGAUCCUGACAUAGUGAAUGGAGUGUACUGGUCCGAAGCGCUCAAUAAAGUUUUUGUAGAUAAUUUUGAAAGAGAUCCAACCCUCAUCUGGCAGUAUUUUGGGAGUGCCAAAGGUUUCUUCAGGCAGUAUCCUGGUGUUAAGUGGCAUCCUGAUGAAAACGGUGUCAUUGGCUUUGACUGUAGAAACCGGAAGUGGUACAUUCAGGCAGCUACGUCUCCUAAGGAUGUGGUUAUCUUAGUGGAUGUGAGUGGAAGCAUGAAGGGGCUGAGGCUGACCAUUGCCCGGCAGACUGUCUCCUCUAUAUUAGACACACUGGGAGAUGAUGACUUCUUCAAUAUCAUUGCAUAUAAUCAGGAGAUCCACUAUGUUGAGCCUUGUUUGAACGGCACGCUGGUCCGAGCGGACAGAACUAACAAAGACCAUUUCCGAGAACAUCUGGACAAGCUGUUUGCUAAAGGGAUCGGGUUGCUGGGUGAAGCUCUGGCUGAAGCGUUCACAAUCCUGAAUAAUUUUAAUCAGACUGGACAUGGCAGCGUGUGCAGCCAGGCCAUCAUGCUGGUGACAGACGGGGCGACUGAAAUGUAUGAAGAUGUUUUUGAGCGGUACAACUGGCCAGAAAGAAAGGUGCGGAUAUUCCCCUACCUGAUUGGACGAGAGUCUGCAUUUGCUGAUAACCUAAAAUGGAUGGCUUGUGCCAACAAAGGGUAUUUCAGUCAGAUCUCCACACUAGCAGACGUUCAGGAGAACGUGAUGAGGUAUCUUCACGUGAUGAGCCGACCAAAGGUCAUCGACCAUGAACACGACACAGUGUGGACUGAGGCUUACGUGGACAGUGCUCUUUCCAUGGCUCACAAGUUGAACGACAAAUCAGGCCCUAGUCUGAUGACGACAGUGGCCAUGCCUGUUUUCAGCACAAAGAAUGAAACGAAGAACCAGGGUAUUCUGUUGGGGGUGGUAGGAACAGACAUCCCUCUGCAGGAGCUGAUGAAGCUCAUUCCCAAACAUAUGUUAGGGAUCCAUGGGUAUGCAUUUGCUAUCACAAACAACGGCUACAUCCUGACUCACCCGGACCUCAGACCUUUGUAUCAGGAGGGUCAGAAGAGGAGGAAGCCAAACUAUAGCAGCGUGGAUUUGUCUGAAGUGGAGUGGGAAGACAAAGAUGAUAUUCUCCGCAAUGCCAUGGUGAACAGGAGGACGGGGACUUUCUCCAUGGAGGUGAAGAAGACAGUGGAUCGAGGGAGGCGUGUCCUGAAGAUGCAUAAUGACUAUUACUACACUGACAUAAAAGGAACUCCAUUCAGUGUUGGGGUUGCUCUCUCCAGAGGUCAUGGGAAAUACUUCUUUAGAGGAAAUGUGUCCGUUGAAGCUGGGCUCCGUGAUCUGGAACAGCCAGAUGUCGCCCUGGCAGAUGAAUGGACCUACUGCAACACAGAAGAGCAGCACGAGCACCGACACCUGACCCAGAUUCAAGCCAUCAAGCUCUUCAUGACAGGAAAGAGACCACACCUCAAGUGUGACAGAGAGCUGAUCCAGGAGGUUUUGUUUGAUGCUGUGGUUACCGCUCCGCUGGAGGCUUACUGGACUGGACUGUCCCUCAACAAGUCAGAGAACUCAGACAAAGGAGUUGAAAUCACCUUCCUUGGAACCCGCACCGGCUUGUCAAGAACCAAACUGUUUGUGCCCGUGGAUCAGCUCUCCAAUCAAGAUUUCCUGACAGCCGAGGACAAGGAGGGUGUGUUUAACGCUGAUCACUUCCCUCUAUGGUACAAGAGAGCGGCGGAGCAGGUCCCUGGCACGUUCGUCUACUCCAUCCCCUUCAGCACAGCUUUAGAGAAUAAAAGUGUGGUUUUGGCCAGCACAGCAAUUCAGCUGCUUGAUGACAGAAAGUCUCCAAUUUUUGCAGCUGUGGGAAUCCAGAUGAAGCUUGAGUACUUUCAGAGAAAGUUCUGGACAGCCUGCAGACAGUGUACAGCUCUGGAUGGAAAAUGCAGCGUCAGCUGUGAUAAUGAGGAUAUUAACUGUUACCUCAUCGACAACAACGGUUUCAUUCUUGUCACAGAGGAGCAGUCUCAGACAGGGCUUUUCUUUGGAGAGGUGGAGGGUGCUGUGAUGAACAAGCUUCUCCAGAUGGGGUCCUUCAAAAGGAUCACACUCUAUGAUUAUCAGGCACUUUGCAGAGAGUAUGCAGGGAGCAGUGACAGCGCUCGCACUUUAUCAGACCCUUUCUCUGUGGUCAAGUGGCUUCUGACUGAACUUGUCAUUUUCCUGUUAGAAUUCAACCUGUACAGCUGGUGGAACGUAGAUUUCACAGUCAAAGCUCAGAGACCUCGGGGUAAAACCAUGAUGGUGCCAUGUGACACAGAAUAUCCAGCCUUUGUCUCUGAACGCACAAUCAAAGAAACAACAGGCAACAUAGACUGUGACGGCUGUAUGAGAUCUUUUGUCAUACAGCAGAUCCCCAGCAGUAACCUCUUCAUGGUUGUGGUGGAUAACAAGUGUGACUGCAGCAGUGCUCCUCCAGUGACCAUGGAUCCCAUUGAGAUCAUGUACAACGAGUCGCUGAAAUGUGACAGACUGAAGUUUCAGAAGGACAGAAAAAAGCCUGAAUCAUGUCAUGCUUUCCACCCUGAGGAGAAUGCGAUGGAGUGUGGUUCAGCAACACGCCUCUCCAGUUGUCUUGCAGCGGCUCUGCUGCCUCUGAUAGCAGUGACGAUCAGCAGGUGACCAUCAGCAGCCGGACUAGACUUCAGUAAGGACUAAAUCAACAAGAAGAUGCUUUUACAUGGCCAACCAGAAAUGAACUUAGUCACACCUCUGCAACAGGCAGCGCUCUGCUGAGUACAAACCUUUAUCAGUAGCACUGAGACUCGCAUCCAUUAAUGCAGAACACUUCAGUAAUGUGGUGCAGGUAAAGAAAAUGGGGGGUUGUUUAGAUUCUGCUGAGAGCAUAGCAGACAGCUCACCAUCUUUUAUACUGUAGGUGAAAGAACAGUCAACAGCUUGCAGUAGGAGUACAGGCAUUUCUUGUCAAAAUAUAAAAUAAUUCCUCUGUGUAA